UCCCCUUCAUUUCCCCUCUGCCCCUCCUAGUAGAGAAGAAGAGAGGAAAACCAAUCUCUCUUUCUUUCUCUCUCUCUAAAAAUUUCUCACUUUCUCUCUCUAAAAAUUCUAUCUGUACAUCUCUAUAUACAACACAUACAGAGAUAUAUUCACCUUUCUUGAUUUUCUUUGUUAGUUUUUUGAUUAGCUUAUUUGUUGUUGUUGGUGGUGUGUGUUCGAAUUGAUCGGACGGUGGAGAAUUGAGGUAUGCAGGCUGAUCAAAAGGUGAUAAGUUUGAGACCAGGUGGUGGUAAUAGAGGUGGUGGUGGUGGAAGUAGAUUGUUUGGAUCUCGAUUUGAUAACUCAUCAUCAUCUAAUAUCAAUUCUGAUCUUCCAGUUUUUAGACCUCAUGGUGGUGGUGGUUCUUCAGCUUUGAAGACUGGAGAUUCUCGUUUUGAGAGCCAUGAACGUGUUCGGUACACUCGAGAUCAGCUACUGCAACUGAGAGAGGCGGUAGUCCUACAGUUACCUGAGAUUAUUCUGCAAAUCAAACAAGAAGUUGAAGAUGAACUGUUUGGUGAAGAUGCCCCUCAGGGUCGUGUGGAUAGCAGUGUUCAGUCUCAGGGUCGUUAUUCUGAACCAGACAGUCGUGACUGGCGUAAUAGGUCAGCACAAUUUUCUGCCCCCAUAGAGGAGAGGUCAUGGGAAGCUCUUCGAGAAAACCGGGAAUUUGGUGGCCAGUAUACUCGCCAAGAGCAGCUUAGCUCACAGUUUGCAAGAGCUCAAGUAUCUGCCAAUCAAGGGGGAGGUCCUGCUCCUACACUGAUCAAAGCUGAGGUGCCGUGGUCAGUCCGAAGGGGCGCUCUUUCGGACAAAGAUCGUGUCUUGAAAACAGUCAAGGGAAUACUCAACAAGUUGACCCCGGAGAAAUUUGAUCUUCUCAAAGGUCAAUUAAUAAAUUCAGGGAUAACGAGUGCAGACAUUCUAAAGGGUGUGAUCGCCUUGAUAUUUGACAAGGCUGUAUUGGAACCCACCUUUUGCCCGAUGUAUGCCCAGCUGUGUUCUGAUCUCAACGAGAAGCUUCCUCCGUUUCCAUCUGAUGAACCUGGUGGGAAAGAAAUCACGUUUAAGCGAGUUCUUUUGAAUAAUUGCCAAGAGGCAUUUGAAGGUGCUGAUAAACUGAGGCAAGAGGUGAGACAAAUGACUGCCCCGGAGCAGGAGUCAGAACGCAAGGACAAAGAAAGGUUGGUCAAAUUGCGUACUCUUGGAAACAUACGUCUCAUUGGGGAGCUUUUGAAGCAAAAUAUGGUUCCUGAAAAGAUUGUUCAUCACAUUGUUCAGGAACUAUUAGGACAAGAUCCCAAAAGCUGUCCAGAAGAAGAGAACGUUGAGGCUAUAUGUCAGUUCUUUAACACUAUCGGUAAGCAGCUUGACAAGAAGCAAAAGUCGAGGCACAUAAAUGACAUAUAUUUCAACCGAUUGAAAGAACUAUCAACAAACCCUCAGCUGGUAGCACGACUUAGGUUUUUGGUGCGUGAUGUACUGGAUUUACGUGCCAAUAACUGGGUCCCUAGGCGGGAAGAGGUGAAAGCAAAAACCAUUAAUGAGAUCCACUCGGAAGCAGAGAAGACCUUGGGGUUGCGUCCUGGUGCUACAUUAAGCAUUAGAAAUGCUCGUGCUCCUCCUGGUGCUCAAGGGAAUUUGGGUCCUAGCGGCUAUCCCAUUAAUCGACCUGGCACUGGUGGUAUGAUGCCAGGGAUGCCAGGAGCAAGGAAGAUGCCUGGGGCUCCCGGAAUGGAUAACGACAACUGGGAGGUUCCUAGGUCACGUACAAUGCCAAGAGGUGUUCAGCCAUCGUUGAUUGGCAAGUCACCGUCUUUGAACACAAGACUGUUGCCUCAGGGUAGUGAUGGCGGCAUGAGUGGCAGGAGUAGCGCCCUCUUACAAGGUAGCGGUGGACCUCCUGUUCGAACAUCAGGCUACGUCUCUGGCAUGGAACCUGUAUCACAAGUUCCAGGACCAGUUAGGUCAUCUCUAACUGAGAAACCUCAGGCUCCAGCGGCGAGGUCAAAUCCCGAAGAGCUGAAGAGAAAAACCGUUUCUCUUUUGGAGGAAUAUUUUAGUGUUCGAAUUUUGGAUGAAGCUUUGCAGUGCAUUGAGGAACUCAAAUCCCCUGCCUACUAUCCAGAGGUUGUCGAAAAAGCCAUAUCUCUUGGACUGGACAAAAGCCCACCACGUGUUGAACCAGUCGCACUACUUCUUGAGCACUUGUUUGCUAAGAAGGUGUUUACUCCUACCGACUUAGCCACCGGAUGCUUGAACUUUGCUUCUCAGUUGGAAGAUCUCGCAAUGGAUUUACCAAAAGCGCCAGCAAAUUUCGGGGAGAUCAUUGCAAGGCUAGUCCUGACAGGCGCAAUGGACUUCAAGUUGGUGAAUGACAUCGUCAAGAAGGUAACCGAUGACUUAUACCAGAAGGACUUAUUUGCAAGCAUCAUGAAAUCUAUAAGCUCCAGCCCCACCGGUCGAGCAAUAUUAGAUUCACAAGCACCUGAUAUCGAAGCCUGCAAUCGUCUGUUCCAGUAAGCAGCUUUAAAUCCUUCGUCUCUCAGAAGAACUGAUGCAACAACCUCAUCGAAGGUGAAGGCACAUGCUCUCGCACACUUUUCCUCGCAAUGGCCUUUCAGCAACUGUAUAACAGUUUUUUCAUAAUCGGAACAGUAAAAGAACAGGUGAUUUUAUCUUCGAGUUGUAUACUUUUUUUCCCAACGUGUGUUCAUUAGUCGACGAAAGACAGUUUUGCAACAUGGUAAAUUUAUACGCCAUAUUUGCUCGAGGCAACGGACUGGCUGCUUUACGUAGCCUAGCUGUUUUGUAUUCCAUUAGUUUUUCGAUUUAUUUUUUCGCGUCAGACUUGUUAUAUGAAGUUUUGUCCCAACUUGUGAGUUCAUAAAUUCAACUGUUCCAAUCUUUACACCA